AUGUUGCAGUUUGUCAGCGUGUCCUUGUCUGAGCGUUGUUGCAUAUCUCUCUGCUCUCCUCAGGUCACUGUUGUGGUUGGAGAAGCCAGUGGGAUUCUUUCAGACGUGUGUCAGCGAGGGUUUACACAAGAGGACUACGUCAUCGAGCUGGACCGGGAAGUUCAGAGGGGCCAGGCGCUGUGCAACGUGAGCUUCUGGGACUGCGGAGGUGAGCGGGUGCGGCUGGACGGGGGAGACGGCACAGACUUCAGGGUUAGCCAGGACGGAGCCGUGUACGCUCUGCGGCGCCUCCCGUUGGAUGAGCUGAGCAAACACACGCUGCUGAUCUACGCUCGAGACACACACUCUAAACAGGUGUGGAAGACCAGGGUGCACGUCAAGAACGCCGCCCACGGACAUCAUCAACAAAAGGUGAACGGCGGGUCUUCAGUCCUGACUCAGCAGCAGCGCUCGGUGCCAGAGGUGCUGUUUCCGUGGCGAAGCGUGGUUGCUGCGGGUGACGGGGCGCUCAGGCGGGUCAAGAGGGACUGGGUCAUUCCCCCCAUCAACGUACCCGAAAACUCCAGAGGACAGUUCCCAGAAGAUCUCGUCAGGAUUCGCUCGGACCGGGACAAGAACCGCAUGUUGCGCUACAGCGUGACCGGCCCUGGAGCCGAUCAGCCGCCCACCGGGAUCUUCAUCAUCAACCCCAUCUCAGGACAGCUGUCCGUGACCAAACCUUUGGACCGGGAGCACAUCUCCAACUUCCACUUGCGCGCUCACGCCGUGGACCUGAAUGGAAACCAGGUGGAAAAUCCCAUCGAUAUCGUCAUCAACGUUAUCGACCAGAACGACAACAGACCAGAGUUCACACACACCAUCUUCAACGGAUCCGUACCCGAGGGUUCCAAACCUGGGUCCUUUGUGAUGACCGUGACGUCAGUGGACAAAGAUGACCCUAAAACUGCCAAUGGGAUGCUCCGGUACAAGAUCCUAUCCCAGAACCCUCAGAGCCCGUCUUCCAACAUGUUCACCAUCAACAACCGCACUGGUGACAUCAUCACCGUGGCUGCGGGGCUGGACCGAGAGAAAGUGACGCAGUACACGCUGAUCAUCCAGGCCACAGACAUGGAGGGAAACCCCACGUACGGACUCUCCAACACGGCCACCACACUCAUCCGCAUUACCGACGUCAACGACAACCCUCCAGAGUUCACCACCGACACGUUUUUCGGUGAGGUGCAUGAGAACCGCGUCAACGUGAUCGUGGCGAACCUGACCGUCACAGAUAAGGACCAGCCGCACACCGCCGCCUGGAGCGCAGUCUACCGCAUCAUUGCUGGAGACCCCACCGGGCGAUUCUCCAUCCCCACGGACCCCACCACCAACGAGGGCCUGCUCACCGUGGUCAAGCCCAUAGACUUCGAGCUGACGCGGUCCUUCAUGCUGACGGUGGAGGCUGAGAACGAGAUCCCUCUGGCCCGCGGCAUCCACCUGCCUCGCCAGUCCAGCGCCACCGUGUCCGUGCGCAUCCUGGACAUGAACGAAGCUCCGGAGUUCAGCCCCAAUCCCAAAUCCAUCAAACUGGAGGAGGGCCUUCCCGCGGGGUCCCUGCUGACCUCCUUCACCGCCCAGGACCCUGACCGCUUCAUGAGGCAGACUGUCAGGUAUUCAAAGAUGUUCGAUCCGGCAAACUGGCUGGAGAUAGAUCCCAUGAACGGCCGCAUCUCCACUAUCGCCGUUCUGGACCGGGAAUCUCCUUAUGUCAAAAACAACCUCUACAACGUCACGUUCAUGGCCUCCGAUAACGGCAUCCCUCCGGCCAGUGGCACUGGGACCUUGCAGAUGUACCUGCUGGACAUCAACGACAAUGCCCCACACGUGUUUCCUCCCGAAGUAGAGAUGUGCGAGCGGCCGGACCCCAGCGGCAUCAACAUCACGGCCAACGACCCCGACCUCAACCCCAACGCAGGACCCUUCGCCUUCGAGCUCGCCAACCGCCCCACAGACGUGCGCCGCAACUGGACGCUCGCCAGGCUCAACGGAGAAUACGCCCAGCUCCGUCUGAGGAUCGGCUCUUUGGCCAGUGGGAUCUACGAGAUCCCCAUCAUCAUCACAGACUCUGGGAACCUGCCCAUGUCCAACACGUCCUACCUCAGGGUGAAAGUGUGCCAGUGCGAUCACCAUGGCGACUGCGUGGACAUGGAGAGGAUCAUUGCCGCUGGGCUGGGCACCGGCGCCAUCAUCGCUAUCCUCAUCUGCAUCAUCAUCCUGCUGGUGCUGGUGCUGGCGUUCGUCAUGUGGAUGAAGCGGCGCGACAAAGAGCGACAGGCCAAGCAGCUGCUGAUCGACCCCGAGGACGACGUCAGAGAUAACAUCCUGAAGUACGACGAGGAGGGCGGCGGCGAGGAGGACCAGGACUAUGACCUGAGCCAGCUGCAGCAGCCAGACGCUCUGGAGCCGGACUGUGUGAAAGUGGGCAUCAGGCGGAUGGACGAGAGGCCCCUGCACCACGACCACCAGUACCCCAUGCGCUCAGCCGCCCCUCACCCCGGAGACAUCGGAGACUUCAUCCAUGAGGUAAACACGCCACUGCACCAGGACACAAUCCAGUACGAAGGAAGUAGGGGUGGGCAAUGUCUGAAGAAUGUGAUGCUAAAUUUGAACUAA